AUGGAAAGGGAGCGUAUGGCUCAAACACUUCCAUCUUUGACUGCACCGCAGUUGUCUUCCCAAAAUAGCCUGUGCUCUACGGCCUUAUAUGUGCAGGCCUGUGUGGUGUGCCUGAGGGGGCAUCAUGUAUCUAGGCCACACAAUACAGGCUGUGGGCUCACUGUUGCUGCUUACCAGCAGGCCUAUCACUGCCCCAGGGACGGGGCCUGUCUUUAUGUCUCGGGACAACACACCAUGCAUCUUAUUCAGCUCAACCGUGAGUGUCUCCUUCACCUUUUCUCCUUCCUGGACAAGGACAGCCGGAGGAGUUUGUCCCUCACCUGUCAUCAGUUGCGUGAGGUCUUUCUGGACCCCUGCCUCUGGAAUCUACUCCACUUCAGCUCCCCCUGUCAGCUUAGAAAGGACAACUUUGUGCUGGGACCCUCACUUCGUUACUUAACUAUUAGGUGGUACUCCAGCAUGGUCCUGCAAGUGUGCAACAUCGAGGACUGGGUGAAGAGCUCGUUUCAGAAGGACAUCUGCAGUAAACACGAAAGCCUGGUCAGCAAGUUCCUGGUCCAGGUCUGCCAUGGGUGCCCCAACUUGCUGUCACUAACCCUGUCUGGCUGUGGACACAUCACUGACCAGGAUGUGAUUUCUGUGCUGCAGUGCUGCAGGAAACUGCGCUACCUCCACCUUGAGAACUGCGUCCGCAUUACCAACUGCAGCCUGGAGGGUGUGGUGGCUCACGGAGACAAUCUGGAGGAGGUGAAGGUGGACUUCUGUAGGAAUAUCACUCAGACGGGGCUGCAGCACUGUAAGGAGAUGAAGCCAGCCCUCCAGCUGACUGCAGAGAGGAGUGCUGAUAUGAUCCCUGAAGAAGCUGAGGAGAGGGUGCCAAUCAGGAGGACACUGCAGAAACUCCUGCAGAAUUCCUAA